AUGUUUGACAUAUCUAAAAAGAUGGCUGUUUUUAGCCGGAAAGUAUACCUUUUUGGUGCCUUACUGUUAUUAUCUUGUACAUCGAGUGUAGUUAGAGCUGACGGCGAUGAUGGAGACGACGGGGUUACCGUGGAGACUGUAGAAGAUGUUGAAGAGUAUCACACACCAGAAUUAGGCCCCGGAAAAUCGCACCUUGUUGAACAUUUUGAUGAUAUAAACUCAUUUAAAAAAAAAUGGGUCAAGUCAGAAGCUAAGAAGCAAGGAGUUGAUGAAAAUAUUGCCAAGUACGAUGGUAAAUGGGAGGUUCAAGCACCCACGCGGAAGAUCUACAAAGAUGACUUGGGUUUAGUGUUAACUACAGAAGCUAAGCAUGCCGCCAUCUCUACUUUGUUAGACAAGCCAUUUGAAUUUAAAGAUAAACCAUUAGUCGUCCAGUAUGAAGUCACUAUGCAGGAAGGUCAAAAUUGCGGUGGUGCGUACAUCAAGCUGCUUUCCCGCGGCACGAACACCAAGGCCGACCUACGAAAGUUCUACGAUCAGACCCCUUAUACCAUAAUGUUCGGUCCGGACAAGUGUGGUAACGACAACAAGCUGCACUUCAUCUUCAGACACACCAACCCCAAGAACGGAACCAUUGAGGAGAAGCACAGCAAGAAGCCCACUGCGCGUUUGGACGACAUCUACAAAGACAAAGAGCCGCAUCUGUACACACUUAUCGUACGGCCUGAUAAUACAUUCAGUAUCUUAGUGGACAACAAGGAAGUCAACUCUGGGUCCCUGCUAGAAGAUUUCACGCCGCCAGUCAACCCGCCAGAGGAGAUCGACGACCCUAAUGAUAAGAAACCUGAAAACUGGGACGAAAGAGAGAAGAUAGUGGACCCAACAGCUACAAAACCUGAAGACUGGGAUGAAGACGCGCCAGCACACAUCGUAGACCCGAAUGCGGUUAAACCUGACGGAUGGCUCGACGACGAGCCCGAGAUGAUUCAUGACCCCGAAGCCACGAAGCCCUCGGAUUGGGACGAGGAGAUGGACGGCGAGUGGGAGGCGCCGCUCGUGGACAACCCCGCCUGCAGCGCCGCUCCCGGCUGUGGCACGUGGAAGCCCCCCACCAUACCCAACCCUAACUACAAGGGUAUCUGGCGCGCCCCUCUGAUCACGAACCCCAACUACUUGGGCAAAUGGACCCCCAAGCGCAUUCCCAACCCUCACUACUUCAAGGAUGAGCAUCCCUUCAAGAUGACACCCAUUCACGCGGUCGGGUUCGAGCUGUGGUCCAUGUCGCCCAUGCUGCUGUUCGACAACCUGAUCAUCACGGACGACGUGGCCGUGGCCGAGGAGUGGGCGCAGAUGACCUUCGUGCCCAAGCGGGCCAAGAUCUCCAGGGACUCGGACUCGGUACUGGAGCGUGGUCUGAAGUACGCCGGGGAGAACCCCUGGAUAUACGCCGUGGUCAUCAUUGGUACAUUCAUCAUCGUCGGUCUCGUUGCCUACGCCUGUUUUGGACCUAAAUCUGACUCAGAUGUCGAUGCCAAGAAAACUGAUGCAGUUGUAGAAGAUGAUCCUCAUCAAUCUGAUGGUGAUGAGGAUGUUGUUGAAGAGGAGCGGCCCAGCAAAGCGGACCUUGAAGGGCCAGGGGAUGCUGACAAUGUCGAAGCGGAACCCGUCACCACUUCUGAACAGCCGCGGCUAGACGCAGGCGACGGCGACGGACAGAGGAAACGCAAGCCUCGCAAGGAGUAA